CUCCAAAAAUAAAGUGGUCACAUUCCCUCGGUUUUCUGAUUACCAAACGCUAAUUGCUUUUCCCUCCUCCUAAAUCCGUACAUUAGAGCUGUAUACAAAAUUUUGAAUCAAGAGAGAAAGAAAUCGAGAUGGGUAGAGGAAAGAUAAUGAUAAGAAGGAUCGACAAUUCAACGAGCAGGCAAGUGACGUUCUCGAAGAGGAGGAAUGGAUUGUUGAAGAAGGCGAAGGAGCUAGCGAUCCUCUGCGACGCGGAAGUCGGCGUCAUCAUCUUCUCCAGUACUAGCAAACUCUAUGAAUAUUCAAGCACCAGCAUGAAAUCGGUGAUUGAAAGAUACAACAAAGCAAAGGAGGAGACUCAUAAAUUGGGAGAUCCAAUUUCCGAGGUCAAGUUUUGGCAGAGGGAAGCUGCAUUGCUGAGGCAACAACUAGAGAACCUGCAAGAGAAUCAUCGACAAAUGAUGGGUGAAGAGCUAUCUGGACUGAAUGUCAAAGAUUUACAAAACUUGGAGAAGCAACUCGAAAUGAGUCUUCGUGGAGUCCGUAUGAGAAAGGACCAAAUUAUGAUUGAUGAGGUGCAAGAACUAAACCAAAAGGGAAAUCUCAGCCAUCAAGAAAACAUGGAACUUUAUAAGAAGCUAGACCUAGCUCGUCAAGAAAAUACGGAAUUGUAUAAGAAGGUUUAUGGAACUAGAGAUGCAAAUGCAGUGAGCAGAAAUGCCAUGAGUUCAAACAGUUUACGCGUCAAUGAGGACCCUCAUGCACCUCUCCAUCUCCAGCUAAGCCAGCCUCAGCAACAACACUAUGAAACACCAGGAACUACAAAAUUGGGGCUAUCACUGCAUUAGUGGAGUUGAUGCAGACUGCCAUUAAGCUCUCUUCUCGAUCAAGUACUCCAUGCUCACGAAUAUAUGUUAAAAUUAUUAAGGACUGGUAUAGAACCCGUAGAUGUAAGGGGAAAAUUGGUCAAUUGACCUGGUAAAUGCUAGCAAGUUGGUAUGUAAUAGGUAUCCACAAAACAGCCACCCAAAUCAUGUUUAACUAUGAAUAAAGAAAAUGUUAGCACAGUUAAUGUUCUUUGACUGUCUUGAUACUUCAUGCUUAUGAUGCAUAUGCCUAUUAGUUAGGAAUGCACUUAAUCUGACAGAUUAAAGCUAAAUAUAAAUACUAUGCAGAAAAACUUAUGCAGACAACAGUAGCAUCUCAGAUAAAAUACUCGAGAAAAGCACCAGAAGCAAACAGAAUAAGAGCAGACCAAAAAACUGACCAAAGAGUACACUAAGAUAUACCUAAAAGCUGCAUCAAUAUGCAUUGCAAAAGCAUCAUCAAGGAGAUACUAAACUCAUAUUCACAUCCAUGCCGACUUUCAGCAUCU